GCCCAGGAAGCUGUAAUGUCAGUGUGGCAGGUUGUGUUCCACAAGACUGGACAGCCAGCAAAAUCCAUGAAUGCCUCCCUGGCUCAGUCUUGGGGCUACGUGAUCAACUCCACCUCCACUAGGAUCCUCUUCCGCUCACCCUAUAACAUGCCUGAAUCAGAAAGGCUUACAGUUAAUGGAAUCCAAGUGGAAGCAAUCCGGGCAACUGUCUUCUACAAGCAAAGGUGGAUGCUGCUAUUGGUGGACACUUCCGCUGCCUGUACCAAGAAUAUUGGUACCUUUGAUGGUACACAUUUGGCCUGGGUAGCACCCAGAGUCCUCACUCCACUGGUCCUGCAUAUAGAGAAGUUCCAGGACAAGGAUAUUUCCAUGGGUGUGGAAGGGAAGCUGCUUGACCUUGCCACUAUCCAAAGACGGAGCUAUGAACUGAAGGUCAAUGAGACCUUGAUAGAAAUUGCCAUUCCUUAUGGAGCAGAGGGUGGCUACCUAAAGAGUCGUGUCAUAAAUAACCAGUACAACCGUAUCUACGCCAUUGACCUAUACCUUGAGCACCAGUGGGCAGAUGACCUGUGGGAAGUGACCCAGCACCGCUCCUUCAAGCCAGUCCGCACCCCCUUCAUUGCUGAGACCCCCUUUGUUGUCAACAAUACCAUCCCAGCAGAAAAGGUCUUCACGGUGACCCUUGGCGUCUUCAACCCUGACGUUGAGCUGAAGAACUUCACCAUCAAUGGGGUUCCUUUGACCCUUCCUGAGGCCAUAAACCAAGGCAUUGUGCUAACUGAGGUCCACCACCCCAAUGGCACAAAGUCUUUUGUCCUGAAGGUCCCCUUCACCCAUCCACUCAUCCCACAAAAGUAUAUUGGCAAUGGUGUCAGGGAGUUUACCUUGAAUAUCAACUACACCUUGAACAUCAUCCCUGAGAAUGAGCCUUAUUUCCACCCUGCAACCAUUGUGUGUCAGAUUAAGGAUGUCGUACUUCCGGUGAUCCAGGGCUCUUGUACUGAAAAGAGCAUAGUCUUUGAAGUGAUGCGUGGGAACAUGGACCACCUCUGGGCCAUGUACAUUGAGAAACACCAGCUUACCUCUGAGCUGGUGGCUCAACGGGGCUACAUCAUCACCAACCAGACCAAGCUUAUUGUGGAGGUGCCGCUCUUCAGUAUUGGCUGCAUCUACGAGGAUAUCUCCCUCCGAGGCCUCUUUGUUCGAGUAGAACUGACCUUGGUGGAUAUCAGGACGCUGUCGGCAGUGCUGUCCUCUGUACAGCGCUGUCAGUUUGCUACCAAGCAGCUGCUGGUGUGCAUGCCUAAUGGUGUGAUGACGGUGGUGGCUGUGACCAUGGAGCCCAUACCAGUAGUGGAACCCGGCAAGACCACCCUGCUGGACAAGACCUGCAAACCCAAAGAGUUUGACUCAACCAGGGCUC